AAAAGCAAGGUUACACAUUGGCAAAGGUGUACAGUUGGAUCUGCGUGGCGAAGGAGACGUCUGGUUGCGGUGUCUCAGUGAUCAUUCAGUAUUCGUGCAGAGCUACUACCUCGAUCGAGAAGCAGGCCGCACACCAGGCGAUGCCGUUCACAAAAUCUAUCCAGGAGCCUGCAUAAAGGUGUUUGAUCUACGACAGUGCCACCUGCAAAUGCAAUCCCUUGCCAACUGUGCCCAGAAAGCGGCCCAAAUGCAGGCCGCCGUUGUUGCAGGUGUAUCGGCCGUUGGUGCUCCUAGAAAUCUUUCCGCUGCCGCCGGAAUCGGUGUCGAUGAUCUACGACGGCUUUGCAUUUUACGAUUAUCGUUCGUGAAGGGCUGGGGUCCGGACUACCCGCGACAAUCGAUCAAGGAAACGCCGUGCUGGGUUGAGGUUCAUCUGCACCGAGCCCUCCAGCUGCUGGAUGAAGUGCUGCACCAAAUGCCGAUCGAUGGUCCGCGGGCAGUAGAGUAAACGUGCUAACUGACGGUACGGCAGCAUGUGUAAAUACGAAUGAUCAGAAGGAGAAAGAGUCCUACAAGCGCUAGGACUGCGGUGAGUGUUGGUGUUACGUGAGAAUUUCAUAGUUUGGACAAGUGUGAUUCUAUAAUGACAAAGAUUUAGCUUUUAAGCAAAAAAAAAACCGUACGCGAUCGAUAUACCUGCAGCAAGCGGAGUCAUUGUUGCGCAAAGUGCAUUGGCUUUGAAAUGCAUUGGUAGCGAAACUGCUACGAGUACUACUACUACUACUACAAAGGCAAAAACAACUAUACUUUUUCAUGUUUAGAGUGAGUAGAACGAAUGAGACAAAAGAGUACGAGCGGGCAUGUUUAUAGAAAAAUGCAAGUCAAUAGUGUACUACAAAUCCGAGUCAACAUUUCUCAUGUAUACUAACUGCAAACUAUAUGACCUUAAAUAGCGAUAAACUCUGCCACAAACACAAUGGAACGUAAUAGGGAUAAAAAAGACGUAAUGGAAAUGACAAACCGCACAGCAGAGAGUCAGCAAAUCUAUGGAGCCUAUUUAUGAUGUAUACAGAUAUAGUUGCGCUGCUGCGAUGCGGUUUGCCCCAUCACUGCUAGAAGCUGAAGAUGAUCAAAAGUGACCAGAUUGUUGAUAAUGAUGGAUUCAAUCAAGGAAACUUUCGAAAAUUACACUCGCUGGAUGCUACAUUGGAUGUGGGAAAGUAUGGCAGCAGCAUGAAAUCGAACUAUAGAGUUUAUGAAUGAAAGCUAACCGCUAUACCUGCAUAAAACGGUGGUUGACCUACGAAUGGAUAGUUCUGUUAUUGAGUAAACAAAAGAUAGGAAGCACGAUUGCAGGCGCAGAAACAUAAUGGUUACAACAAAAAAAGGAAACCCCAUUCAAAUGACCUACAAAAAUGUACUACCUCUGAUUGAAAAGCAAAAGUAUAAAAGGAACAGUUCCAAAAAGGUGCGGGAAUCGUAACUUACAGCUAGAGCUGCUACAUGUUGCCGAAAGAUGCGAUAACACAUUCAUAUUCCAAACACUGAAAUGGCAAACGGUUCAAAGACGAGUGGAGGUUGAUUGGAAUGAGAGAUGCACUGAUAAAGUGAUGAAAAGAAAUUCUUUUGUAUCGUGUUCGUUUCUAAAAGUACAUUUGAGCCAAACCAAGUGGGACUAUAAGUAGUGAUGUGAUGUGAGUUCUCGAUCAGUUUCGUUUCAUGUUUAUCGGGCCAUACCCCCGCCCCAAAAAAAAAAACGGUUCGUUUUCGUAUCUCAUUGUUUUGUUCACAGGCAGUGCCUCUAGAUGUCCCUCUGCACGGUCAUGGAUAAAGAAAAACAAUGGGUUUGCAGUGAGACGCUUCCCAUUCGACUCGAAGAUUGAGAAAGAGACUGAGAUGUAGAUGCGAAGAUGUGAUGGUUGCUAGAACUAUUUGCACAACAAAAAACAUGAAAUUUGCCUAUGAUAUUGCUUUCGAGAGCCUGUUGUACUUGGUGCCAUGGUCUGUGUCUUUUUUCAAGCGAGUUUUUGCGAAUGCUUUCGUGGGUGUUUACGAGUACCGAACUGCUAUCAAGCUCAAAAGAAAACAAGAUUCAAAUCCUAGUAAAACUAGUUUCCGUCACUGUUCUUCUCCAACUUAAUCCAAAUUUGCCAAAUCGCUAUUGCUUAUAUCUUUCAAAAAUCAUUUUUUGCUUCAUAAUAUUGUUAACCCGUGGCUUAUUGUGUAACAUUUCUCUUCCUCACGGCGUGAUGUUAUCACGGUAAAUCGAAAAAUUGUGAUUUAUUUGCUUUCUUCCUUGGUUUCAAACAUGUGAUACAGGCGGGCCACAGUUUUAGCGUGAGAGUGAAUUAUGGAACAACCACGCUGAAAGAAUGAAGUGAAGAUGUUUAACACGUCCGAUUAACUAAAUCUGGGAAACAGUCGGUCGGAAAAUAGGAACAAAGGAAUACCCUGAAAGGAGUGCAAUGAAUUGAAUAAAACAAAGAAACAAGGAAGCUAACAGAGAAACCAAUAACCUGUAAGUCGUAGGAUGCUACUUACGCUGCAGCGUCAUAGACCCAACGAUGUCACAUACAAACAAUAUAAAAAGUCGGGGACACACAGCAGGCUUCUCAAUCAAAUCCUUCAUUGACUGUAUUUUGUAAUAGCCUUUUGACCCUUUAUCCUGUCAUUUCUUUUAUGUUUAUCAGAAACACAGUAUUUUUAUUGUGUUAAUUUUUUACCUACACGAUUUAUUAUGAUUUUUUAAAUUUCAUUUCACCUUUCUUAAAAUUGGUAAUUUUUUGUUAAAUGAUUUUCGGCUGUGAAUUCUGAUUUAUACCAUUUUCUUUCGUGCUUUCUCUCGUUAACAUUUGUUUUCUAGUAGAUUCAUUUCUCUGAACACAAUUUACGUCUUUCCUCGUUUCUUUAAAACUUAUGGAAGCCUUUGGGACCUUUCUAUGCUUUUGAGAAAGUAGUGGAAACCAACACGCGAAUACUUGAGUGCCAGCAUGUGAGUGAAAACCACUGAGAAAAAUGCGAUUUAGCAACACAGCAAUGAUUGCGAAUGACCUGGCACAAAACACAGGGUAAGAAGAAACAGUAUGUGAAAGAGAUUGAUCCCGAAAAGAUCGCGAUUGCGGACCCGAUUGCAGGAAGAAAAUAAUGAGAAGAAAAAAAAAUAACGGAAUAUUAUUGUGCGGUGUAAAUGAGUUGCAUAAUUUUACUAAAUAAAGCGGAUCUACUAUUUUUAAGUAAAGUACACAUGCCAAGCUAAGCGACAAAAAUGAUCAUUUUAUCUGAUUUAGUAAUAAAAGCAACGAUUCUUUAUUGAA